AGGCAAGUACCCGUAGGAACCGGGCCCCGCCCCCUUCCCGCCCUACACUCUCAUCCCCUCUCCCUGGGCGGAGGUGAGGACCUCCUUGGCUCCUCUAGUUCUGUCACUGAGCCCCUGCUAGGCCAUGAAGCUCGUGAGGAAGAACAUAGAGAAGGACAAUGCGGGCCAGGUGACCCUGGUCCCCGAGGAGCCCGAGGACAUGUGGCACACUUACAACCUCGUGCAGGUGGGUGACAGCCUGCGCGCCUCCACUAUCCGCAAGGUACAGACCGAGUCCUCCACGGGCAGCGUGGGCAGCAACCGGGUCCGCACUACCCUCACUCUCUGUGUGGAGGCCAUUGACUUCGACUCUCAAGCCUGCCAGCUGCGGGUUAAGGGGACCAACAUCCAAGAGAAUGAGUAUGUCAAGAUGGGAGCUUACCACACCAUCGAGCUGGAGCCCAACCGCCAGUUCACCCUGGCCAAGAAACAGUGGGACAGCGUGGUUCUCGAGCGCAUCGAGCAGGCCUGUGACCCAGCUUGGAGCGCUGAUGUGGCAGCUGUGGUCAUGCAGGAAGGCCUCGCCCAUAUCUGCUUAGUCACUCCCAGCAUGACCCUCACUCGGGCCAAGGUGGAGGUGAACAUCCCUAGGAAAAGGAAAGGCAAUUGCUCUCAGCAUGACCGGGCCUUGGAGCGGUUCUAUGAACAGGUGGUCCAGGCUAUCCAGCGUCACAUACACUUUGAUGUUGUCAAGUGCGUCCUGGUGGCCAGCCCAGGAUUUGUGAGGGAGCAGUUCUGCGACUACAUGUUUCAACAAGCUGUGAAGACCGACAACAAACUGCUCUUGGAAAACCGAUCCAAAUUUCUUCAGGUACAUGCCUCCUCCGGACACAAGUACUCCCUGAAAGAGGCCCUUUGUGACCCUACUGUAGCUAGCCGCCUUUCAGAUACUAAAGCUGCUGGGGAAGUCAAAGCCUUGGAUGACUUCUAUAAAAUGUUACAACAUGAACCAGAUCGAGCUUUCUAUGGACUCAAGCAGGUAGAGAAGGCCAAUGAAGCCAUGGCAAUUGACACAUUGCUCAUCAGCGAUGAGCUCUUCAGGCAUCAGGAUGUAGCCACACGGAGCCGGUAUGUGAGGCUGGUGGACAGUGUGAAAGAGAACGCAGGCACCGUUAGGAUAUUCUCUAGUCUUCACGUUUCUGGGGAACAGCUCAGCCAAUUGACUGGAGUAGCUGCCAUUCUCCGCUUCCCUGUUCCUGAACUCUCUGACCAAGAGGAUGAUUCCAGUUCUGAAGAGGAUUAAUGAUUCAAACUUAAAAUUGAGACUAUCUUGUGUCUCACUCCUAAACUAUUACAGUACAUUUCUCAGCAUCCUUGUGACAGAAAGCUGCAAGAGUGGCACUUUUUGAUUCACACAGGGAUUCUUAUGUAUUUGGUUACACUAGAUAUUUUGUGAUUGGCAAGUCAUGUAUUUAAACAAUAAACUAAAAAAUAAUCACCACGUA